UGUGUGCGUGGAGCUAGUGCUCCAAUACUUUCCCAAAAUUGUUACGUUUGAUGACAAUGAAAUUUUUUUUAUUUUUAUUGGAAUUAAUCUAAGAAAAGGUGUUUGAUUUCGGUAUCGAUUGUAUGACAAAAUGUCAACAGAUAUAUCUGAAGACGAGCUAGUAGCAGAAAUCGCAGAAUUGCGCGCAUUGUUGCAUGCGAAAGAGGUUAAACUGGCACGUUUGCGACGUGAGAAACAAAUCACACAAGAGUAUGGUUUGAACAAUGAUGAAAUUUGCAGAUACAGUCGACAAUUAUUUUUGACAGAGAUUGGAGUGCAAGGUCAGAAGAAGAUAAAAGAUGGCUCUGUACUCAUUGUAGGAGCUGGCGGUCUCGGUUGUCCAGCUGCAUUGUAUUUAGCUUGUGCUGGCAUUGGUCAUAUUGGCAUAGUUGACUAUGAUAAUGUCGAGAUAAAUAAUCUUCAUAGGCAAUUAUUGUACACAGAAACAGAUGUUGGUACUGCUAAAGUAGUUGCAGCAACAGAAAGCAUUAAUCGAUUAAAUAGUUAUGUAAAAGUCACUCCAUAUUAUAUCCAGCUGAAUAGUAAAAAUGCUUUGAAUAUCAUAAAAAAUUAUGACAUUGUGAUAGAUGGUACAGAUAAUGUAGCAACUCGUUAUUUAUUGAAUGAUGCUUGCGUAUUGAGUGGGAAACCAUUAGUGUCUGGAUCAGCAUUGAAGUUUGAAGGUCACUUGUCAGUAUUUAAUUACAAUAAUGGCCCUUGCUAUAGAUGCGUCUUUCCUGAACCACCACCACCGGGAACUGUAACAAACUGUGGAGAUGGAGGUGUCCUUGGUGCAGCUGUAGGAGCAAUUGGUGUAUUGCAAGCGCUAGAAACAUUAAAAAUAAUACUUAACAUGCCCGAUAUAAUUUCUGGGCGGCUUUUGUUAUUUGAUGGUACAGAAACAAAAUUCCGCAAUGUACGCUUGCGUCCAAAGAAUGCGGAUUGCGCAAUUUGCGGACAACAUCCAGUUAUACAAGAAUUAAUAGAUUAUGAGGAAUUUUGUGGUGCAAAAGCAAAUGACAAGGAUCCUAAUUUAAAUUUAUUAAAAAAAGAGGAGAGAAUAUCGGCUGAAGAAUAUAACGAGAUGGCAAAAGUCGAUUCAAAAUCUCAUAUACUGAUCGAUGUACGUUCACCUGAAGAAUAUGAAAUUUGUCAUUUACAAGAUUCCAUUAACAUUCCUUUUACUCAACUUAGCAAGGAUCAUAACUUAAAUCUAAUAAGAAAUAAUGUAGAAAAAGCUCAAGAAGAACACUGUCCAGUACAUAUAUAUAUUCUGUGUAGACGCGGUAAUGAUUCACAAAAGGCUGUGCAAUACCUGAAAAAAUUAUUUACCAAUGAUACUUUACGAAUAAGGGACAUAAUUGGAGGUAUUCAUGCUUGGAGCAAUAAAAUUGAUCCAAAGCUUCCUAAAUAUUAAGUUUGUAAAAAGAACGACAAAAGUACA